AUCUACUUUCAUUGUAAUUUUGGAGCGUAUUGCAAUCAAAUUCGCAAUCUGAAUUCAAGAGGUUUACUUCUAGAUCAUCAUGCCUGUGUAUCUCUGGCGUCGUUUCAGAUCCAGGCACUCUGCGUGUUUGAUUGGAUCGGAGAAGAGUGUGAAUUACACUUCACAUCAUCUGAGAUGCGAGCAAAUCAAUAGUUCAACAAAGCAGCAACUAUGUCAGCAAACAUCACAACAAGUUGGCAUCUCAAGAUCAUGGCCUGGAACGGCCCAAAUUGUUGCAAGCGACGAGGAAGAUAGCUUCUCCAAUGUCUUUUCUCGAAUACCAGAACUGCAAUAUACAGAUGCUCGCAGCUCAGGACCGCAACAAGCUAAUUGUUCAACGUCAAGUUCUCAACCGCCGGCAAACUUACACAUCAGCUCCGUGAAGCCACCUCCAUUGUGUCGAUUGUCGAGGACACCACAUCUCUCGAUAUUUUUAUUGUACCUCACAGUGACACUGUCACUACUAUCUACACUAGCAGAGGCUAGCCCUCUCCUUGGUCUACCUUCAGAUCUCCAUCUCAACCUUCAUCGCCGACAAGCAAUUCCAGACAAGUUCGGACGAACUGGAAAUGAGCCUGCCCCAGUGGCGUCACAACCACCACCACAGCCUGCAACACCCACAAUCUCAAUCCUCCCAUCUACCACAACAGCAUCCACUUUCAAUUCUGCCACUCCCCAACCAAGUUUUCCCGCCACAGGCACAGAUGACAAUGAUAAUACACGGCCACAAAACGAGUUCGGCAUCCCUCCACAAUCUCUCACCUUGAUAUCCUCUCCACUUCGCCUGUCUCCUGGGGUGAUCGCAGGCAUUGCAGGAGGCGGCGCCGCAGUACUUUUCGCCUCCAUCGGCAUUGCAGUAUGCGUAUAUCGACGGCGUCGAAGAAUCGAAGUCAACGAGAUACCGAUCCGACGUUCACGUUUGGGUUCUCGCCUCGCACAUCGUUUCUUUGGAGACAUGCCAUCUCGCGGUCCGUCGCGAAAUGUGUCCCGUAAUGGAUUUCGUCGAGGAAGUGACGAGUCUGAUGCACGUAGCGAGAAGCAGCUCGAGGCUGGAUGGGUUGACAAAGGAUCAAUCAGCCGACCUAAGAAUGCCUGGCUGGAGAACGGCCUUUUGAGCGUUCCAAAGCCCAAAUUCAUGCGGGAGGAGAAAGAUGAUGAUGUAGCGCCUUGGGUUAUUGGGGUUCCAAGGCCUGCCCGGCCUAUCAGUGCAGAGCCACUGGGGCGUUUGAGUGGGAUGGGGAUGGGGAUGGGGUAUUUGAAGUAGAGAGGUCAAGCACGGUCACUGAUUUGGGUGGUUACAAUUGGUUCUGGCGUUGAUGGUUGGUUUCUGGAGUGCG